GGCAUUUUCCUGUAAAGAUUAGAAAUAAAUGAGUAAAAAAAAACAAAUACAAUUCCAUGUACAGAUAAAUAGUUAAGCAGUUAGAUUAAACAACUCCUUUGUAAGAUAAAUGUUUUAAAAUGAAACAUGUAUGGAAACAGGUGAAUUAACACUCCUCAGUUAGCAGGCUCAAGUAAGCUAAAACCCACGUGUUAGCAAAAACUAACUAGCAGAAAUUGUAAACAAGUUAGAAAUUAUUGAAACACUUUGCAGUAGGCUACUCUUUACUAGUUAACAAAAAAUAAUGUAUGUCAUAUAAAAUAUAUUUACCCCACCCAGUAUUGUAAUCAAAACUUACCAGAAAGCAUGUAGUCCUUGGCUCAGACAGUGUAGUCGUGUGGGCUCAAUAGCAUCUCAUUAGUGUGCAAGAUCUUGAGAAUCAGAUGUACAUGUGAUGGAAGAGUGCACUGUGCAUGCAGAGGAUUGCAAUUUCAUUGAAUUGGGGAUAGUUCAAACAAAAUAUGCCACAAGACCUAGAAUUGCCUUAUGUGUAUCCCACAAAAAAAGGUUCAAUGUUAUAAUCUAACUUUUUUGAUGAACUUAAGCAAAAUACCCCAAAUUCCUGAGCUUGACUUCCCAUGGAAAAUUUUCUGAAAAAUGUUGUACAUUUAACGGAAAGUUUCCAACCCUUUGCAACUCUAAUAGUAACACAGUAAUUCACCUAAGUGUCAUUGGAAUGACUGUCUCUCUAUCACCCUGUUUUAGCCUGUCACAGUCAAGGACAAAGGGAUGAGGAAAAGGAGCGCUGAGGAUCCAAAGGAGGUGGUUGCUGUCAAAGCAGAGGCAGCCCUGUGGAAGUCAGUAUGAACGGGAACCCAUGACUACAUCUCAGUUUCAGAAUGGCCUCUUAUGAUCUUCUGGUGAUGUGUGACCUCUAUGUGUUGCUGGGCCUGCUGUGGCUGGGGCUGUCAGCCUGCUACUGGAGAGAGCUGCUCAGGAUCCAGUUCUGGAUCGGCGGGGUCAUCUUCCUGGGCAUGCUGGAGAAGGCCGUGUACUACGCUGAGUUCCAGAGCAUCCGCUAUGACGGCCUCUACGUCCAGGGGGCAGUAGUGUUUGCAGAGAUCCUUUCAGCAGUGAAGAGGACCCUGGCCCGUGUGCUCGUCAUCAUCGCUAGUCAUGGUUAUGGAAUUGUCAAGCCAAGGCUCGGUGCAUUGUUACACAAGGUGGUUGGGGUGGGACUGCUCAUUUCAUUUUUACCUUUAUUUUAUCUUAUAUUCUCCGUUGUCGAGGGAAUCCUGAGGGUCAAUUCGGGUCAAGGGGGCAGUAGCAGACUACUGUGUGACAUUGUUCUGGCGCUCACUGACUCGUGCGUUGUGUGGUGGAUCUUUAUCAGCCUGGCCCAGACCAUGAAGCUCCUUCGCCUCCGAAGAAACGUGGUCAAGCUCUCCCUGUAUCGCCACUUUACCAACACCCUCAUAUUCGCCGUUAUUGCCUCAGUCAUUUUCAUUAUCUGGAUGAUAAAGACCUUCAAGGUUUCGAAGUGCCAGUCGCUGUGGAUAGACGAUGCGUUCUGGCGGUUCCCCUUCUCCACCAUCCUUCUGGUCAUCAUGUUUCUGUGGAGGCCGUCUGCCAACAACCAGAGAUACGCCUUCAGCCCCCUAGUGGACGAGCAGAGUAACGAGGCCAAGGAACAGCUGAUGAAUGAUACAUUUGUGUACUUCCAGAGGGCGUGAAGAUGAGGGGUCUGAAGUCCGAGACAAAUAGAACAGCCAAGCCGAACAAAGUGGAUGAGGAUCAGAAAUGGGUCGAAGAGAAUAUCCCAUCUUCAAUGGCAGAUGUUGCGCUGCCCCCUCUACUGGACUCUGACGAGUUAACACGAGGUGUUAUUCCUGGUGUGAACAGCAGGAGACCAUGACAACCAAUUUUGAGACGUCUAAAAUGGAAUCGACUGAGGGAGACGAUGUGCACUGCAGACAGAGACAGUGCUUUGGACAACCCUAUGUCUGUAUAUGAAGGUUAUUAUCCCUUCCUUAUGAGCUUUGUAAGCAGCGGUUGUAAAUACGAUGGGAUGAACUAUGAUGUAACGAGCUGACUACUUUUAUUUUAUUUUUGAAUGUCUGCUUAUUUAUAUUUUUGUGGAUAUCUGGUUUAUUUUUUUUUUAGAUUCUUUACUACAAAUGGUAUCUUGCCUUUCACUGUUUAUAUAGCUAAAGUGCAAAAUGUGAUUAAAUGUGUUUGUUUUUUUGUCCAGUAUGCAGUCUUGCACUUGGCCCGGCACAAUCAUACACACUCCCCUACAACUCUCCCCACACACAGACUCGUUCUUUUUCUUUUGAUCUCUGACUGUCCCUCUCUCACUGUCUCUCACUCACUGUUAUAAACACACACACACACUGCACUACGGUCCCUGGUUCACCCUUUUCUUUCAUUUUUCUACAAAAGUGGCCAUUAGUGACAUUUCACUGAUCUGUGUAUCAUACAGUAGUAGCCUUUUAAAGAGUGACUGUUUAUCUAAACGGGUGAAAUGCUCCAGACAUUAUAGUCAACACACAGUGACCUGCCUGAGGGCAGAGCACCAUCACUGCAGGACUGCGUGGGCCAGAAUUGAUUUAUUGUGUCUGUUCCCACUGAUAACCACCAACUAUCUGGUCAACACAUCCAACAAUGAGACCCCUGGGGGGGGUUUCUUACAGCUUCCACUUAGUAUUUCCAACAAUGUGUUAUAUUGCAAAAAAAAAGACCUUUAAGUCAUAUUGUGAGCUUUUGUUUGUUAAAAAAAAUGAACUGCUAACACGCAUACGAAAACAA